AUGGCUCCAGUGGAUGAUUAUUUAAAAACAAUUUAUUACGAUGCAAGACAUCCCGGUGGAUUUGCCGGACCACAAAAACUAUAUAAAGUGGUAAAGAAGGAAGGCAAAUUUCAUGUUGGUAUGCACAGGAUACGAAAAUUCUUGCACGAUCAAGAAUCGUACAGUCUACACAAACCCGUGAGAAGGCGAUUUCAGAGAAACCAUGUAGUUAGCGCCGGGAAAGACGACCUAUGGAUGGCGGACUUGAUAGAUAUGGUUAAAUUCGCUGACUUGAACGAGGGUUUCAAAUAUAUUUUACUGGUGAUCGAUACGUUCUCCAAGUACGUUUGGCUACAGCCGCUCAAGUACAAAACUGGCGAAGAAGUAGCUAGCGCAUUCAGACAAAUAUUUACAGCAUCGAAACGAUCUCCAGCCAAGCUUAUCACGGACAAAGGCCAGGAAUUUAGAGCCAAAAAAGUCCAAGAUUUGAUGAAGAAAGAAGAAAUUCGUUACUUUCCUACCCAAAACGAAACCAAAGCUUCCACGUCCGAGAGAGCCAUUUUGACCAUAAAGACCAGACUCAUGCGUUACUUUUCGUAUAAGGAGACGAGUUCGUUCCUACCAGUGCUCCAAGACAUCGCGGAGAACUACAACAAUACUUAUCACAGAACCAUCGGUAUGACACCCGCUGAUGUGAAUGACACCAACCAGGAGGAAGUGCGACUAGCCACCUAUUUUGCCCAAAAUCCAAAACGUUCACAAAUAAACACAAAACUCAGACCUUUCAAGUUUAAAGUUGGCGCGUUUGUACGCAUCAGCCAUCUGAGAACGGUGUUUACUCGAGCGUACGACCAAACGUAUUCCGGUGAAGUGUUUAAAGUACAUAAACGUUACCAUAGAGGAAGGAUCCCGAUCUAUAGACUAGUUGACUUACAGGACGAGGAAAUCAAAGGAACAUUUUAUGAAAGUGAACUUCAAAAAGUGAACUUUAACCCAGACCAGAGUUUUAAAAUCGAUACAAUCUUGAAGACAAAAGGGAAAGGACAACAUAAACAAUAUUUUGUGAAAUGGAAAUAUUACCCUAAAAAAUUCAAUAGCUGGGUCAGAGCGAGUGACAUUGAGUGA